AGACUCUUAUCCAAUUCAUCAGAGAAAAGUAGACAUUAACUGGAAAAAAAUAUCUCAGUCCUCAUUUUGUGUCGUCGCAAAGAAGCAGUGGUUGCUAGCUUGUCUGUUAUCAGCUUAGCUUUGAUUGCUUGAUAAUCAAAAACCAGAGGGGAGUUAGGCCAACGGUUAGCAAAAGAAAAAAAGAAAGAAAGCUUACUCCCUUGAUAUCAAAGCAAAGCUCUUUUGGCUUUUGCAGUUGAUUCUUGGUCACCAUCUGAAACCCAACCUUCACCUUCCUGUCGUAUUCACUCCACAACCAUCUCUCGAACUUCCUUUUUCUAUGUUGCCCUCCAAGCUUAAAUAAAUGCCCACUUCAGUUUUUCAACUUUGGUGUGUUUUUUGUGUUCUUGGUUAAAGCCAAGGUUUUUGAGGGAAAAAGUCCUGGUCUAUUGAUAAAAUACCCUUUUUAAGUUUCGAACGUUGUAAAGUUCGAUGGUAUUUAUUUCUAUUUCUUUUUCUUUUUGGUCAAGAUUGAAGCUCCGAGAGAUUCUAAAACUGGUGCAAACCAAGUAGUGUUCUUCAAUCGAGGAGCUGUAUCGAACAUGAAGAAGCUAUAGUUUGUUUGUGCUUCAAGGUUGAGCCUGUCGGUUAAAAUAUAGUGUUGUCAACUUUCAAGAAAUUGGAGCCAUCUCUGGCCACACCAUGCUCUGUGCCAUAUACAGAAUUCAUGCUGGCGUUCAAAUUCCAAAGGCUUGUACCUGAAAAUCUCUGCUUAAAACGUUCCCAAUGAAUACGCGGUGCUCCUUUCCAACAGAUUCAUUCGGUAGUUCAAAUUCUCCAAUAGGAGAAGAGCAUGGAACUGCGUUUCUCAGAAACAGGUCUCCUCGCCUUGCCCCGUCAUCAUUAUUCGUAAGAACAGCGAUGAGAAUAUCUAGAGCAAGAUGGUUCACCUUCUUGAGGAGAGUAUUCCAUUACCAGAAUGGCUCAAGGUCUAAUCUUGGGUCUAAUCCUUUCAAUUCUAGCUCUUGGAUGAUGCUGGAGUUUGUAGCUUUGCUCCUUCAAAUAUGCAUUACCACGUUCACCCUGGCUAUUUCGAAGGCAGAGAACCCUGUUUGGCCUGUGAGAAUAUGGAUUAUUGGUUAUAAUAUAGGUUGUGUCCUUAGUCUGCUGCUGCUCUAUGGUCGUUACCGGCAACUUAACGCAACUCAAGGCGAUGGUUUUGGCCUACCCGAUUUGGAGCAACAGGGGGGCAGUGAGGAAUCCAGUGUAUGCAGGUACUCACAUUUGAUGAACAAGUGCCGGACCUCGCUCGAACUCUUCUUUGCGAUAUGGUUUGUGAUGGGUAAUGUUUGGGUCUUCGAUUCUCGUUUUGGAUCUUACUUCCGUGCUCCAAAACUCCAUGUGCUCUGCAUCUCUCUGCUUGCCUGGAAUGCUCUCAGUUACUCGUUUCCAUUUCUGUUGUUUCUACUGCUAUGCUGUUGUGUGCCGCUCAUUAGCACUGUCAUUGGUUACAACAUGAGCAUGGGGUCUGCCGAGAGAGGGGCGUCCGAUGACCAAAUAUCCAGACUACCAAGCCGGAGGUACAAAGCUGUUGACACCGAUUCGGAGUUUCGCAACAGUGUUGAUUGUGAUUCAACCGUUGCAAGUGAAGAUCUGGAAUGCUGCAUAUGCCUAGCCAAGUAUAAAGACAUAGAAGAAGUUAGGCAAUUGCCAUGCUCCCAUAUGUUUCACCUCAAGUGUGUAGAUCAAUGGCUUCGAAUUAUAUCCUGCUGCCCUCUCUGUAAACAAGAAUUGGAAAAAUAGAGGGCAAGGCAACAAUAGAGAACUGAAGAUUUUAUUAAGCUUUCUUCACAGUGUGCGAUUCUUAAUUUUUUUUUUACAAGGUUCUUUUUUUCUUUUUCUUUUUGUGCUAAAAGAUUAUGUAUUUGUAUGGUUAUUCCAGUGAGUUUUUUCGCUUGUAUAGAGGAGCUUACUAGGUGGUGGCCUAGUGGUGAGAGUUUGGGAUCAAGAGGUUUGCUCUUUCUGUGGUCUCAGAUUCGAGUCUUGUGGUUGCUCAUAUGAUGGCCACUAGAGGUUUAUAUGGUUAUUAACUUCAGGGCCCGUGGGAUUAGUCGAGAUACACAUAAGCUGACCCGGACAUCCACGUUAAACUAAAAAAAUAUAUAUACAACUUUGUCUUGGGGUUAUACAUGGCACUAGAAUUAUAUAUACCCCAAAAUAGGGUAGGGAAUUCCUUUCCUCAAGGAUAUAUACCCCAAAAUCUGUACUUGAUUUCUUUUUUCCUUGGUAAUGGUAAUGGAUACUGUUAUACAUGUAAUUGAACUUAAAUAA